GAGGAAUAAAAGAGGAGGAGGAAUAAGAGGAGGAAGAGAUCGUUGAGGGGGAGGAGGGGGGGUAAGAGGAAAGGUGGUGGAAUUUUUUUCUAUUUAAAUGGAGCGAAGCUGAUUGAUUUCAAGGAUAUCUCCCGGACACGACAGACACGUUGAGAGACAGACAGAGAGAGACAGAGAGAGACAGAACGUUGAAUUCUACCCCGGGGGGGAGGGGGGGCGAGGUGUUGUGUGUCUGUGUGUCUGUCUGUGUGAGAAAACUCUGCUGGCAGGGGUAGAGAAAGAGCCGGGCGUGGUGGUGGUGGUGGUGGGGGGGGUGCGUGCGGUGCGUUGCGGGCAGGGGGGGGGUGUCGGCCUCGGGUAGAGAUUCUAGGCAAGACCGUAGGCUCCGCAGAGCGGCCUAGUUGUUACCGCCCCAACCGAAACCACCACCACCCCCCCCCUCCCCCGACAACUCCGAAAAGCGUCGAUGCGAUUUGUAAUCACGUAAUUUAUACACUUUAUAUAUAAAAUACACACACUUUAUAUAUAUACACACACACAUACACACGCACGUGCGCACGUAACGUUAUCAGUGGCACUUUGGGAAGCGCUGCUGGACCUCGCCAGCUGAUUGGGUGCCGAUGUCAAUUUGGGUGACCUCCCACCACUACUACCACUACUACUACUCCACUCGCCUGAUGAAUUUAAGUGAAUGAUAAACGUUCGCUUUUGUUAUCAUUCGGUGAUUUGAACGACGAACGGACGCUUUAUUUUUUUUAUAUAUAUUAAAAAAAUAAUAAUUUUGGGGUGGGGUGGGUUGUAAUUUAAACGAUUGCGAUUAAUUUAACGCGUGUUUUAUCCUGUGAUGUUUUGUUUAAAAAAAAAUUGUUUUUGAAUUAUUUAACGGCUGAUUGAAAUCUCAACUAAUUCACUUUUGUUACGUUAUUUAAAGGGUAAUUGAAAUCUUGAUCGAUUCACUUUUUUAUAUUAUUAACUCUCAUUAUUUUAUUAUCUUAACUCGGGGUGCUCCGUGUGUGCUAUAUGCAGGUGCUAUAUGCAGGUGCUACUGGGAUACUUUGGCGGUAGUGGUGGCCGUGUCGUGGUGAUGGUGAUGGUGGUGGUGGUGUCAGUGGGAGAUGUCAGGGAUCGUUGGUGAGGUGCAAUUGGUGAGCAGCAGUGGAAGGAGUUAGUGGCGGGCAGGCGGAGCGAGCGUUGUCCGUGACCGCGGUUUGACGUAACGGGAGACCGGUGGAAUACCGCAAGGGAUUUGUGCGAGAAUCCGAACUCGCGAGGCAUCGCGCGCGAUCGUUCGGGGUGCGAUCGUUCGGGGUGCGAGCGGUCGGGGUGUGAGCGGUCGGGGUGUGAGCGUGCGUGAGCGACCGAUGUGUUGGCGUGAGCGGUGAGCGUGAGCGGCGUGAGCGGUCGCGGCGAGGCAUCGGCGAUCGGGCGUUCGCGAUCGGCGUUCGCGAUCGGCGUUCGCGAUCGGCGUUCGCGAUCGGCGUGUGAGCGCGUUGAGCGCCUUGCCGUGAGCGGCGAGCGCAAGCGGCCGGAGCGAGCACAAGGAAGCAGCGGCGGCAGCGGCGGCGGCGCCAUCCGCUCCGACAUUAGCCGACGUCAGCGAGCGUCUCCCGCACGAGGAGUUCGGGCGGGCUCGGCGGGACUACGCGGCAGCAGUCCCGGGCAGACUUUUUCCUUAAGCUGACGGAAUGUGGAGGAGACCUCCGCGUAUGAAGCUGCUCACUAAUCGCGUGGCAGCGGCAAGCACCUAGGCGGGCCGGCUCUGGACGCGAGAAACGGGGCCCCAAGGCCGCCGCUCCAGCACCAGAGGAGCGGGGAAAUUGCCGGAGGCAACCGGUGGGCGGAGAGGCUACUACAAGUGGGGACGCGGCGAACGUGUCGGGAGUCAGGAGGCAGGGGUGUUAGGGGACUUCGAGUCACAGCUAGGAGCCUCGGGGCUAGAGUAGGGGUCGAGUCUGUGGUCAGAGUUAGGAGUCUCGGGGCCAGAGUUAGGAGUCUCGGGGCCAGAGUUAGGAAUCUCGGGGCCAGAGUUAGGAGUCUCGGGGCCAGAGUUAGGAGUCUCGGGGCCAGAGUUAGGAGUCUCGGGGCCAGAGUAGGGGGAGUCUGUGGUCAGAGUUAGGAGUCUCGGGGCCAGAGUAGGGGGGGGGGGAGUCCGUGUUGGGAGUCAGGAGUAGGAAAUCCGUGUCGUGGUUCGGAGCCUUGAAGAGACUAGGGCAGGAAGUUGGUGUCGAGGUUAGAACUUGGAAGGUUCGUUCUAGCGUGAGGGAGUCCCCGCAACUUGUGUUCAGAGUCUUCGGGACCCAGCAUAGCGGAGUCAUCGUUGCUGUCCCGGGACAGCGCGGGAGUCGACAUCAGGAGUGGGUGGCGCUUCGGGGGCGGAGAGAAAAGACAACGGAACGUCCGAUGCCUCAGGCUGGGGAUGAGGCCUAGCUGUCCGGGGCCGCGGGAGGCCUGUCGUCUCGCCUAGGAGGCCCGGCUGGCGAAUGGAUGCGACCGCUCAAGGGCAGGCGUGGCAGGUUCAUUUCCCGGUUCCCAAUGAAGAUGUCGAGGCCUCCAGCCUUGAGAAGGCUUGGCAACAUCAGCUCCAUCAGCAGCAUCAGCAGCAUCAGCAGCAGCAGCAGCAGCAUCAGCAGCUGCUCACCCAUCAACAUCAUCAGCAGCACCAGCAGCAGCAUCAUCAUCAUCAUCAGCAAUGGCCGUGGAACCCAGAUAAUCUCCACAGCCUUCAAUCCAGCCAGCACACCAUCUGGAACAUGAGUCCAACCUCGCAGAGAUUCCAAAGCGACAUCAGCCAUGAGCAGGUGAUGGUCAUCGAGGCUCUGACGAAGCUUUCGCAGAGCCACCCGCCGGGGGUCCUCUGGCCCCCCACGUGGCCCCCCACGUGGCCCCCCACGUGGCCCCCCUAGCCUUGGGCCCCCACCACGCCACCCUGGGCCCAACACAAAUCCCCGCACCGCCCAUCGCCGCUGCCCCACAGCUCUCCGCCCGGGACUCCAUCACCGACUCGGCGGUCUUUGAUCUGCUCAACUUUGCCUCCGUGAGUCGUGGGCAGGCGGUGAUGACCCCUCAUCAUCAGCAGCAGCAGCAGCAGCAUCAGCAUCAUCAUCUGCAGCAGCAGCAUCAGCAGCAGCAGCAUCAUCAUCAGCAGCAGCAGCAGCAAGAGGGGCCAUUAAAAAGUGGGGCCUUUUCAGCAGUUCGGUUCUUCGAGGAGUUGGAGAGUCAGUCGGCUAAUCAUCAUCAGCAUCAGCAGAUUCAUCAUCAUCAUCAUCAGCAGCAGCAACAUCAUCAUCAGCAGCAGCUUCAGUUGCAGCAUCAGCUUCAACAACACCAGCAUCACCAGCAGCAGCAGCAGCAGCAACAGUUGCAGCUGCCAUUUUCCUCAGGAAAGGCCUUGAACUUGCUACAGUCCUCAGGCAAAUAUCAGCAGCAGCAGCAGCAGCAACAACAGCAGCAGCAGCAGCACCUCAACAACAGCCACCACCACCACCACGACCACAGCAGCAGCAUCAGCAGCAUCAGCAGCAGCAACAACCACCUUAACAACCAUUACCAACCACAUCACCAGCAUCUCCAGCAUCUCAACAACGUCAUCGGCCAGCAGCAGCAUCAUCAGCAGCAGCAGCAGCACCAUUUGCAACAGCAUCAGCAGCAGAAUCGGGGGUUAAAGCCGGCCACUGACACCGCUGAGGCCUCCUUGACCGCAGAGGAGGAGGUGAAGAAGAAGAAGAAGAAGAAGCAGAAGGGGCAGGAGAAAGCAAAGCAAGAUGGCGGCCGGAUACAAGAUGGUGGCAGAUUGCAAGAUGGCGGAGGAUUACAAGAUGGUGGCAGAUUGCAAGAUGGCGGCGGAGGAUUACAAGAUGGCGGCGGCGGAGGAUUACAAGAUGGAGAUGGACUAGGAGGUGGCGGCCGGUUGCAAGAUGGUGGCAGACGACAAGAUGGCGGCGGAGGAUUACAAGAUGGCGGCGGCGGAGGAUUACAAGAUGGCGGCGGCGGAGGAUUACAAGAUGUCGGACAGUCGCAAGACGCCGGCGGAUUACGACACGGCAGAGGCUCGCCAGCCGAUGACGGAUUACAAGAUGGCGGCGGCAGCGGUCGGGGAUUACAAGAUGGCGGCGGAUCACAGGAUGGGGGAGGAGUCGUGGCUCGAUCGAAGCCCGCCGAUCGGAGCCCCCACUCCGAACUCCUGCGCAUCCUCGAGGUCUCCCCGGCUCCUCCCUCCGUGCCUCCCCCUCUGCCCUCCUCCGCAGCCUCCGCCGCUUCGGCAGGGGGUUUCCCUCCUUCGUCCGUGCCGAUGGCGGCCACCACCCCCCACCGCCACCUCGGCCACCCACAGCACCACCCACAGCACCACCCACAGCACCACCCACAGCACCACCCACAGCACCACCCACAGCACCACCCACAGCACCACCCACAGCACCACCCACAGCACCACCCACAGCACCACCCACAGCACCACCGCCACCCGGCGCGGGCCUACAGGCUCGGCCUAGCCAAGGGGGGCGGCCGAGCCCGCUUGGACGUGUCGGGCUCCGUGGCCGUCCUCCGCUCCACCGUGGACGCCGGCGGGGGCGGCGGGGAGGGGGAGGGAGGGGCCGCCGCCGAGGCCGGGGGCUCCCGGCAGAGCCCGGCGGCAGCGGCGGCCCCGUCCCUGGACGCGUUUUUGGCCUCCCCCGGGCGUUUCCUGACCGAAGCGGUGAGGCGAGUGCUGCACCCCGGGGAGACGGCCGCCCCGCCCACGGCCCCCUCCCUGCACGUGGAGGCCCCGGGGGAGAAGCCCUCGGUGGGGGCCGCGGCCCGGACGGAGGAGAAGGAGAAGGAGGAGGGGGAGGUGGAGGUGGUGGGGGAAGACCCCGCCAAGGCCGGGGAGCCGCCCAGGGCGAGGACGCCACUGCUGCCUCCGAUCAGCGAGUUCCCCACGUGCACGUGUGUGGAGACUGUGCUCGAGAAGGAGGAGGGACCUUACUACACUCACCUGUGCGCCGGGCCCACUGUGGCUGCCAUCAGAGAAACCAUGGAGGAGAGGUUCGGGGAGAAGGGCGAGGCGAUCCGGAUCGAGAAGGUGAUCUUCACGGGCAAGGAGGGGCGCAGCUCACAGGGAUGCCCCAUCGCCAAGUGGGUGCUGCGCCGUGGGGGUCUGCAGGAGAAGCUGCUGGUUGUGGUGCGGGAGCGUCGCGGCCACCGCUGCGCUCAGGCCGUGAUGGUGGUGGUGAUGGUGGCGUGGGAGGGCGUCCCCUCGGAGCUCGCCGACCUGCUGUACAGCGAGCUGGCGGAGACGCUCACGCGUCACGGAGCGCCCACCAGCCGCAGAUGUGAACUCAACGACGACCGCACGUGUGCAUGCCAGGGCCGGAGGGAGGAGACGCGGGGAGCCUCCUUCUCAUUUGGCUGCUCGUGGAGUAUGUACUUCAAUGGCUGCAAGUUCGCUCGCAGCCGCCAGGCCCGCAAGUUUCGCCUCCUGGGGGACAACGCGGACGCGGAGUUGGUACUUGAGUCCAGGCUUCAGGCCCUGGCCACUCAGGUUGCUCCGGUGUACAAGAAGCUUGCCCCUCAAGCCUACAGCAACCAGGUGGAGCACGAAGUAGAGGCUGGUGAAUGCCGGCUAGGUGAGGGUGAGGGUCGACCAUUUGCCGGAGUCACCGCCUGCAUGGACUUCUGUGCCCAUGCCCACAAGGACCAGCACAACAUGAACAACGGGUGCACAGUGGUGUGCACGUUGACCCGCGAACAGAACCGCGUGCGUGUUGGCGACAUCCCCGAGGACGAGCAGCUGCACGUGCUGCCACUCUACACCCUGUCGCCCACGGACGAGCAUGGCGACGAGGACAGCCAGAGGCGCAAGGUGGAGAGCGGAGCCAUACAGGUGCUGAAGUCGUUCCGGAGGGAGGUUCGCCGCCUCCCAGCCCCGGAGAAGUCGGCACGGAGGCGGCGACUCGACGCCAAGAGGGCCAAGUUGGACGCCCUUGCCGCCAUGACCCCUACCACCCCGGGGACCCCCGCGACCCCCGCGACCCCCGUGACCCCCAUGACCCCGAUGACCCCCGUGACCCCCAUGACUCCCAUGACCCCGGGCACUCCGAUGACCCCCCUGGGGGCACGAUCUCUGACCCCGGCCAUGACCCCGCCUCUGUGGAAAGUGAAGAGGACGAGGAGGAGGAGGGGCGGAGGAGCCGUCAUUCCUCCAAGGACGCAGUCUCUGCCCUCUCCUCUCAUCCCACCGUUGUCAUUCCUCUACCAGCAUCAUCAUCAUCAUCAGCAGCAGCAGUAUCAUCAGCAACCCCUAAAUGCGCACUACCCUCCACAGCAUCUACUACAGGCAAGCGCAUAUAGCCCAGGGCUUCUUUAUCACCAUCAGCAGCAUCAUCAGCAACAGCAGCAGCAGCAUCAGCAGCAGCAGCAGCAUCAGCAGCAGCAGCAUCAGCAGGAGUGCUUGCGGCCCAAUGGAGCUCUCUACGAUUACACAGCAGUAGCAUCAGCAGGUGAUGUAGGCCAGUCCCUGCAGCAUCAUCAGCAACAGCAGCAGCAACAGCACCAGCAUGAAACAGGAAUAUGUGAAAGACAAGAUGGCCGUUACCAGCAACAUCAUCAGCAGCAGGAAGGCCAAAGUCAACACUGUUUAAACAGCAACAUCAGCAGCAACAGCAGCCAAAAUAAUCAGCAGCAAGGAAUUGCAUUGCCUGAGAAACAAGAUGGCUGCCAACAACAGCAGCAGAAUCAGCAGCAGAAUCAGCAACAGCAGAAUCAGCAACAACAGCAGCAGAAUCAGCAGCAGAAUCAGCAACAACAGCAGCAGAAUCAGCAGCAGAAUCAGCAACAACAACAUCAGAAUCAGCAGCAGAAUCAGCAACAACAACAACAGCAGAAUCAGCAGCAGCAGAAUGAGCAGCAGGAAGACCAAAGCCAGCACAGUUUAAACAAUAACAGCAGAAACAAUCAUCAUAUUCAGCAGCAGCAGCAGAAUCAUCAUCAGCAGCAGCAGCAGAAUCAGCAGCAGCAGAAUGAUCAGCAGCUGAAUCUGCAGCAGCAGAAUGAUCAGCAGCAGGAAGACCAAAGCCGGUACACUUUAAACAGUAGCAUCAGCAGCAGCCAUAAUCAUCAUCAUCAUCAGCAGCAGCAGCAUCAUCAUCAACAGCAGCAAGGAAUUCCAUUGGCUGAAAAACAAGAUGGCUGUCAACCACAGCAGCAGCAUCAUCAGCAGCAGAAUCAGCAGCAGGAAGACCAAAGCCGGUACAGUUUAAACAGCAGCAUCAGCGACAGCGUCAGCAGCAGCAUCAGCCAAAAUAAUCAUCAGCAGGCCUUCCAAAACCACCACCAAUACCACAGCAACAGCGACAGCAGCACCCACCAUCUUUCCCUCAACAGCCACCACCACCACCACCACCUCCACCAUCUCCUCCAAAAGCAUCAUCAUCAACAUCAUCAUCAGCAGCAUCAGCAUCAGCAGGCAUCGUCAUCAACAUCGGUGGCAUUGGCCAGGACCGACAUCCAAUCGGAGCGGGCCCUGCUGGGCAUAGGCCCAGCCUCCAGGGACAUGGUAACCACGGGCCGGAGGGCUGGGCCAAUGGGCAGGCCCAUGAUUAAGGCGGAGCCGCCCGAUUGGUGGACGGGGGGUACGACGAUGGGCGGGGCCUACCGCCUGGCGGAGGAGGCUGCUGCUGCUGCGGCGUCGGCGUCGCCGUCGUCGUCGUGGCGACGGCCCGUGGGCCAAUCGGAGGGCGGCGGCGGCGGCGGCGGCGGCAGCGAGGCCACCGGGGCCCCGGCCAAUGGAGGCGUUGGAUUGGCCGGAACGUCCGAGGAGGAGGAGUCGGAGGGGUCGGAGGUGACGCAGCCGGCGACCGUGAAGACGGAGCCGCGGGAUUGCGUCGAUGAAGAUGAGCACACCCAGCGUCGUCAGAAUCAUCAUCAUCAUCAUCAGCAGCAGCAGCAGAAUCAUCAUCAGCAGCAUCAGCAGAAUCAUCAUCAUCAUCAGCAGCAGGACCAGCAUCACCAAGCUAAGGUUGUGAAUGGGUUGAAAGUAGAUGGUGGUGGUGGCGGUGGUUGGCAAGGCCUGCUGAUGAAUCAUCAGCAGCAUUGUCACCAGCACGUUAUGAAGGAUGAAGUUAAGAUGGAGGGUGACUUUGGGCAUUGGCAGCAGCAUCAGCAUGAAGGACAACGUAGUGAUCACCAUGAACAUCAUCAUCGUCAUCAGCAGCAGCAUCAUCAGCAGCAGCAGCAGCAGCAGAAACUGUUGGAUCGGCAACAGCAGGCUCAGCAGCGGCAGCAGCUGAGUGAACAUCAUCAUCAUCAUCAGCAGCAGCAGCAUCCACAUCAGCACAGUCAUCCUCAGCUGGAAAGGAAGCAACUGGAAUCUAUGCAAGAACAUCAUCAUCAGCAGCAGCAGCAGUAUCAGCAACAUCAGCAGCAGCAAAGCCAGCUCGAAUCUAUGCACCAGAACCAACAUCAGCGGAAUGAGCAGCAGCAGCAGCAUCAGCAGCAGAACUCACAUCAUGAUAACAAUCAGCAGCAUCAUCAUCAGCAGCAGCAACAGCAUCAGCAGCAGGAUCACUUUCAUCAGCAGCAGCAGCAGCAGACCGCCUCCUCCUCCUCCUCAUCCUCCGUGGCCGUGAACGAGGCGACGAGAGGGAGGGCCGAGGGGGCCGAGGGGGCCGAGCGGGCCGAGCGGGCCGAGCGGGCCGAGCGGGCCGAGGAGGCGGAGCAGCGGGCGGCCUGCGAGCGGGAGCUCCGCGGGCCGCCCACGCCGGACGAGGAGUUUUCGGACAGCGAGCACAACUUCCUGGACGCGAGCAUCGGCGGCGUGGCCGUGGCCCCGGCACACGGUUCGGUGCUCAUCGAGUGCGCCAAGCGCGAGCUGCACGCCACCACGCCGCUGGCGUGCCCGGACCGGGCACAGCCCACGCGCAUCGCCCUCGUCUUCUAUCAGCACAAGAACCUCACACGCCCCCACCACGGGCACGCACUCUGGGAGGCCAGGGUGGCCGCGCGGGAGAGGGAGAAGGAGCUCCUCCGCCAGCAGCAGGCCCGGCAACAGCUGCUGGGGCUGGACUCCACUCCGUCCCCUGCGCCGGAAGAGCGGCGGCGACGGCAGCCGCCGCCGCUCUCCCCGGCGGCGGCCGCCCCGGCCAAGCGUGGGCGAAGGCCCCGUCGCCCGGACGAGCCCCCGGCCGCCAAGGGCAGGCCCAGGCUGCGGCCGGGCCUCAGGCAUGAGUGGGCGCCGCCGCUUUCGCCGUCGCCGUCGGCUCCGCUGGGCGGCGACGGAGGCGCCGCCGAGCUCCGCUUCUUCGCGGGCGGAGGAGGAGGCGACGGAGGAGGCGGUGGAGGCGGUGGAGGCGGCGGCGACGGAGGGGCGGCGCACGGAGGAGACGGCGUGGAGGAGGAGGAGGAGGAGGAGACAGCCGCGGCUCGGGGGCCCGCCGAGGGGGCGGGGGCGGCGGCCCCCCCCGCGUCAACGUCGUGCCCCCUCCUGCCGCCGGGCCCCCCGACGCGGGGGGCCCCCGGCACCGCGGCCGCCCCGCCCACGUUCCUCACCACGUGCGCGCGGCCGCGCAUGCAGAUGAGCGGCAACUACGGCGGAUUCCUUUGAAGCGGUUUUGGGCGGCGGCGGCGGCGGCGGAGUGUGGCGGGAGAGGUGAGCGGCGGAGAUGGGGCUGACUCUGUGGCCAUGGUGGUGGUGGUGGUGGCUGUGGCCAUGGUGGUGGUGGUGGUGGUGGCUGUGGCUGUGGCUGCUUUAGCGGUAGCAGCAGGAGCAGCAGCAGCAGCUUCAUCUUUCACAGUGGGGGGCUGGUCGCUGCCCACGGAAGCCACAAUGUCGAGAGGUAUUCUUGGACGUGGUGUGCCGGGAGGGGCG